CCCCUCCCGCCCGUCUUCAGUUUUUAAAGGGGCCGUGCCUCUGGGACCGCAAAGUGAAGCUGGUGGAGGGUGCCGGAUCUGGCCGCUGCCAGGGGCGGGCGGGACGGCGCACCAUGUAUACCAUCACCAAGGGGCCCAGCAAGCUGGUAGCGCAGCGCCGCACAGGUCCCACACAGCAGCAGGUGGACAGCAGGCUUGGAGAGCUCCUGAAAUGCCGGCAGCCCGCGCCACCGACCGUGCUACCCGCGCGCGAGCAGUCCUUGGCACAGCCUCAGGGACCCUGGCCCCUUGCAAGUGCCCCUCUCACCUGAGGAGGAACCCAGAGCGGCGUGGGGCACCUGAGCCCAGGAAGGCGAGCAGGCCUGCCGGGACCGCGAGUGCCUGGCGGAGUGGCAGUCCGGGGCCGAGGCUUGUGUUCAAUCGAGUGAACGGCCGGCGGCCCCUCACCACCUCCCCAUCCCUCGAGGGGACCCAAGAGACCUACACAUUGGCCCACGAGGAGAACGUCCGAUUUGUGUCCGAAGCCUGGCAGCAGGUAGAGCGACAGCUGGACGGCGGCCCUGCCGAUGAGAGCGGCCCACGGCCUGUACAGUACGUGGAGAGCACUCCUGAUCCCCGGCUGCAGAACUUUGUACCUAUUGACCUGGAUGAGUGGUGGGCACAGCAGUUCCUGGCUAGAAUCACCAACUGUUCAUAACAGCUGUCCGGGAAGGGAUGCUGCCAUAGCAGACCCAUUGCCAGAAGAGGACCAUGGUACGACAGUCCACCUUUGUGGCCUUCCUGGGUACCGGCCACACCUGAAGUGCCAACGUUUGGACUUUUGCUCCAGUUGUUUCCUUGGCUUGGCCAUCCCAAGCUGCCAGAGCCAGGGGCCAAAACCUAUCUAACCUCAGCCCUGCUCACUGUGCACAGGGACCAGCCCCCCUGGGGCUGGCAGGGAGGAGUCCAGGCUAAUAAAGUUGAGAAACUGCC